AUGCCGCGUCCGCUGAGCGCUCAUGGCUUCGGAUCGAAGCCAUUCUUGCUGAGGCCGAAGAGAAGCUCGGCGAUGGUCCUAUCGGCUCGCGCUUCCUCGCUGGCGUUACUUUUCCUCCGCAGAUAUUGUCAUGUAGCUCUGCUUGUCCUGCCCCCAGAGCACGAGUUCAUCGCCCCGUACAUUUCCAUGGACUCGAUCCAAGAUCCGGUCUUCCGUGCGCGGUUCGAGAAGCUCCGCAGCUCCAAGAUCGGGCAGUUCGUGCUAUGGUGCUACAGGAACAAGCGCCCGAUGCCGGCCGCUUUCUAA